AUCUCAAGAAUAGUAUCGACAUGACCUUCCAUUCAAGGCGUUUAGGGGUGGCCCCUUCCUUUUCUUCCCUCUUUUUUUAUUUUAAUCUUCUCCCCUCACCUUCCCUCCGGAUUCCGCCCAUGAAUUGUUUUUUCUGCCUUGCAUUUCAUGCUUGCUGUCAAUUGCAAUCCCUUUAUAGUAAUUCGUUGCAAGGUUGAGUCCUAACACUCGACUCUCUAGUAACUUUCAUUCUAUGCCCCCUCUGGUUUGGCAACAUUUCUAUGCCCCUUGUACUCUGUAAAAAUAAAGAAGAAGAAGAAGAAGAAGAAGAAGAAACGCUCCCCUCCUCCUCCCCCUCCCGCAAAAGUAUCCCUGAAGACUCAAAGCGAACACCACCAUGAAGACGAUGAUGAUGCUCUUUCCAGAGAUAGCUGCCGAUAUUCUAAGCAGACUACCGGUCAAAUCUCUCAAACGUUUCAGGUGCGUGUCUAAAUCAUGGUGCAAAGAAAUCGACAGUCCAUACUUUAUCAACACUCAUCUCAAAAGAUCAUCACAAGCACACACCCAUCUCAGCCUCAUUCUUAGAGAUACCACCAAGUUAUGCACUGUAGACUUGGACUCACCCGACUUCACCUCCAUAGAACUGAAAAGCAAUCCUUUAAAAAGUGACCACUGCGCUACUGAAGUAAUGGGUUCUUGUAAUGGACUGCUUGCCCUGUUAAAUUCUGACUUUAGAAUUGCUUUAUAUAAUCCAUCAACUAGAGAAAAGAAAAUGAUACCCGUUUCACCAUUAGAGUUGCCAAAUGACUUGGACGAUUCUAAAGUGUCUAGCCUGUUCAAUUUUUAUGGAUUUGGACAUGACCCCGUUAAUGAAGACUAUAAAGUUGUGAGAUUUAUACACUUUUAUGGUGAUAGUCCUGAUGGGUUUUUUCACUGUGAGGUUAAAGUUUAUAGCUUGAAAUCAAAUUCUUGGAAAAGAAUUGAUGACUAUCCUUAUGACUUGAGGUUUAUUCUGCCACCUGAUUAUCACCCUCGCUGUAGAAGAGGGUAUGGUGUGUUUGCUAAUAGUGCUGUUCAUUGGAAGGCUACUGUAGUGGGAAAGGGAAAAGAAAAUGGGAGUGAUUUGAUUCUCGCUUUUGAUCUUGGAGCUGAAGAAUUUAAGAUAAUACCACAGCCUGAUUAUUCCAGCAAUGAACAUGAAAUGAAUGUGGGAGUUUUAGGAGGUUGUUUAUGUGUAUUUUGUAAUAGGAACUGUGAACAGGUUGAAAUAUGGGUGAUGAAGGAAUAUGGUGUGAAGGAAUCUUGGACUCAGUUGUGUACCGUUAUUGCAAAGCUACAAGUGAAGGAAUUUUGGUUGCAUGCUAGACCUUUAGCUUAUUCAAAGGGUGGAGAUAAAAUUCUGCUGGAAUUGGAUAAUAGGUUUUUGGUUUGGUAUGAUUUGAGAAGGAGAAAGUCCAAGAUUAUCAAGAUUCGUGGUGCUCCUCCGAUUUUUAUAGCUGAGAUUAGUGUAGGAAGCCUUGUCACACUAAAUGGAGGUGGUGAGGGUCAGACUAGUGGGAAGGACACACAAGAGAAAAGGAAGACUAGAAAGAAAAGGGAUCAGUUCUUAUCAAAGGGGUUCAAGCUGGUUUUAUGAUUUAGUAGAGAAGGAUGUUAAAUUGGAGUGUAUCAAUAUCAUCAUAGGUAAAUCAAUAAAUUCAACCACAAUAUUCUUGCUAAUUAAUGCUUGUUAUGCUUGACCUAAUUUGUUCCUUUUUUGUGCUUUUAUGCUGAACAUAACUCGUUUUCUUUUUUUUCUGACUAUGCUAUCUCCGAUCUUCUUAAAUUCUUACUCUCUCCCACAUUUCUGGCUUCAAGAUGAGGUAAUAACCAAUAAGAUCUUCACUUAUGCACAAGAUCAUUUUCUCCUCUCAAGGUUUUAAGCUCAUUUUUUUAUUAUGAAUUUGUCUAAUCUCGUUUUGUGUCGAACUGCUGAUACACCUUAUCAGAAAGUUUGCCUGGUCAUUGUAAGUGUUCCAAUUAGAUCUUUAAGAGUCAUUGUAGUUGACUUGCCAUUUCUUGAUGCUGUUACAGAUUUGACGUGGACUUUGAACCAAAUAUGGCAGUGGAUGUUAUUUAGAGAUUCACGUAAUCAUGUAGAUUGGAGCAUUUAUGAAACUUAUAGAAAUGAUCUCUUUUGCCAUGUAAUAUAUAUAUAUAUAUAUAUAAAAAAAAAAAAUUGGCCAAUGCUGUUAAUGUUGUAAUGCAGACAGUAUUUCAUCAUUAAGUUUUAUGUCAUAUGACUGAUUUUUUCUUGGCAAAAAACCCAGACUGUUAUCUAAUCAUCUUUGUUUUUCUCAGGGCUGGUAAUAGUUGGUUUAGAAUGCAAACUUGGAAAACUAUGGACAUGGAGCGCAUGGAUGGGGAUCUUUAUUUGCUUUUCUCUGAUACAGGACCACAAGAACUUAAUGUUAGUUUUUUAGGGAAUAUAGUUUUUCGGGCUUUAUGAUAUAGUAGCGUUUGAGGAACUCAGAUUCUUCUACUUCUGGACAGUGUUGUGGGUUGUACCUUGUUAGGGCUUAUUAUGUCUAUAGAACGUAUUUAAAAGCAUUUAAUAUGCUCUUUGAAGGAUGAUAGCUGUUCAUACAUCAAUCUAACUCAUCCUUUAAUUAAAUUGAUUUUGGUAGCUGUCCACUUGUAUUUUGGAAGAACGAAUGCUUUGAAUUUUAUUUUUUUUAGUUGAAUAGAAGUCCAUAUUAUUUUUAGGGAAUGCCAAGAAGGAUCAAGAUCAGGGAUGACAAUGGGUCGGGUCAGAGCAGGGUGAGUUCUUACAGAGGAUCGAGAAUAGGGAUAGCAAUGCAGUGAAAUUUCUAGUGAAUGAUCAAUGGUGGUGGUGGUCUUUAUAGUGUUGUUUGUGUCCAGGCCAUUCUGUACGUCCUAACUUCUAGUGGUUCAAAUGCCAGAGAGAUAAUACAGGAAUGGAUCUUCU